UAAUUUUGCAUUUCCGGGGGGGGAGAAGUGUUUGUAAACAAAACCGUUCUCUCCCCUGUCAGAUCCUGCACACUGCUUUGCAUGGCUAUGCAUAGCAGAGUCAUGCAAAGCAGUGUGCUUACAGUGAAACACAGACACACACAGCCCCACAGUAAAACACACACAGCACACAGUUAACCCUUUGAACACUCCACAUGUUAACCCCUUCCUGCCCAGUGCCAUUUGUACAGUGUCAGUACUUUUUUAUUAGCACUGAUCACUGUAUUGGUGUCACUGGGAUGUCAGUGACACCAAGUCAGUUCCCCCCAGUGUCUGAAUGCCCGCCACAGUCUCAC